AGUAUGCAAGAUCAAUAUCAUUAUCAAAAGUACACACACACAACUAACAUGGCAAAACUUUAUCUUUUACCAAUAAUUGCCAGUGUUUUAGGACUUUGUUCCGGAACGUAUUUCUUCCAUCGUCAUCAGUACCAGUAUCGGAGGCAAUAUCAUAUGGGAACCAGUGUCUACACGCCUCCAGCAAGAUUUUAUCCGGGUCGUCUGCCUCCAACUUUUAUACACACUCGUAUUUUGAUACCGUAUGAUUCUCCUACUUUUGAAGAAAGAAAUCCUGUCCCGACAGCUAUAUUUCCAGUCGGUACCGUGUAUCCAUCUUCCUAUCGCCAGUUUCCAAACCCACUUGCAAAUCUGAAUACGUAUGAUCUACCAUCAUGGAAACCAACAGCUCCAGUUUUCAAUAAUGGCAUUGUAGGUCUAGAUGUAGAUAAUGUUAUUCCGCAAUUUACACCAAAUCUUAAUCAAGAUCCACAGAUACCAACAAGAGAAUGGAUAGCAGAAGUUCCAACUAUUCAACAAGUUCCAACUUUUCCAGACACCAACAAUGAAAAUGACUUUCUUCCUGAUGUUCCAUCAUUUGUAGUACCUAUUGUAGUACCAGACCCCCCACAAGUUCCGAUCUUUCCCGGAGCUGACAUCAAUAAUAACCAGAACGGAGACGUCUACAUCGAACAACAAACAACAACUCAGCUACCACCAAUAAUUGUCGAAAGAACAAAGUCAUGUCAAGAAACAGGGUGUGGCCUUGGAAGUGAAUGUGUAUAUAAUAACAGCUAUAUCUGCCCUAAGGAUGUCAAAGAUAUUCCAUGUCGCUGUCAAAGAGGUUGUCGCUUACAGCAUACAUUCAUACCACUCGGAGUUGCAACGAUUAUUGACCCAUGUGGAAAUAUGUGUUCAUGCAACAGUUUAUUUGGAGGGGCUAAUUGCACAGAUAUUCCAUGCAAUCCAAAACAACCAUCCAUUAACAACCCUACAACUGGCUUAAUACUAGAACCUGUACCGACUGGACCAUCAGAUGCUGGUCCCCUGCGUGGAGAUUUCCCUGGAUAUUUACAACGUAUGGAAUUUUCUUUACCAAUACCAGGUCAACAAGGAGGAAAUUUCCCUGUUAAAGUACCCGGAUUAGAGCCGGAUUUUCCAGAAGAAACCUUUGUUCCGCCAAUUCCAUUUUUAACUGAAAACAAAUUACCAGGAUUUAAAGGAAAUCCAGAUAUACCAAUAGAUUCUAAAAUCAGACUUUCAGAAAUGAAUCUUGUAUCAGAUAAGUCAAAAACAGAUUCCAUGGUAUUUCCAGUGGCUAGUUAAGAAAACACUGAUGAAAAUCCAAACUAUGAUCUAUGGAAUCCAUUAUUUAUAGUAUUCGUGCUCUAAUUUAUUUAUUUCUCGUUCAAAUUACAAUUGAUCGAAAUGUGCUUUCUUAAUUGUCUCUUAUUUUAUUUAUGUUUAACAUUAAAUCUGUUUUUCUUUUUA